AUGUCGUCCUUCGCGCGGUCCUUCCCCACCACCCACUCGGGCACCGUCUCUGCCACAGCAACAGGCUCGAUCGCCCUCGAGCAGGCCAGCGCCGACCUCACCCUCCUCCAGCAGUCGCUCGCCCGCUCGUCCAAGAUCUCGGGCCGCAUGGGCCACGUCCUCGGCGAGCUCGACGACCGCCUCGCACGCCUCGAGAAGAACCUCGUCCCGAUCUACAAGGAGACCGGCAGGCUCAACCGCGUGUCCAAGAACCUCGAGUUGACGAUGCGGUCCAUCGACGGCCUGCUCGGCCACAACGACCUCGUCGAGCGCGAGGAGGGCCUCAUCAAAGCAGGGCCCGACCCGGACGACCUCAAGCCGUACAUGGCCGCAAUCGAGCGCCUCGUCGCCGCGUCCGAGGCCCUGCGCAAGACGGACCUCAAGGGUCAGAGCGCAACGCUCGCACAAAUGGGCGGCCUCAUCGAGCUCGGCGUCAAGCAGCUCGUCAGCGUGUUCACCAAGUGGACCAAGGACACAAGCCCGACGGUCGACGCCGGCAAGCUCUUUGACCGAGCAAAACCCUUCCCCGUCCUCACGCCCUUCUUCCUCGAGCACGCGCUCCCGAUCAACGCGUUCCUGUGGUCGCUGCCCGACCCGAACGGGCCCGGCUUCGCCGAGCUCCUCACGACGUCUUACGCCUCGGUCCGCGCAGCCUACAUCGACGAGAGCCUGCGCAACGCGGCGCGUGAGGUGCUCAGCGACGCGACGCCCAACAUGGUGCAGCAGAGCCCGAGGCCGGGCACGGGCGCAGGAGGGUCGGCGGCGGGAGAGCUCGCCGAGCGACGAGGGCUCGGUCGGCUGCUCGACGUCUUCUUCGCGCUCAUCAAGACCGAGUUUUCCCUCCUCGAGACCGUCCUCACCGCUCAAGCCGCCUCGACACGCUCGUCCCUCUACGCCUCGCUCCUCCCUCCCGCCCUCGCGACCAUCAGCAGCACGGGCGCGUCGCUCAACGGCCUCAUCCGCAAGUCGCCGCAGCACCAGUUGAUCCCGCUCGCGUUCGCGACCUACAUCGAGUUGAGCGAGCGCGCGAGCGAGUUCGAGGAGUGGGUCAGGGUCAAGGCGCGCAGGAAGGAGAACGAGGUGGGCGACUUGACGCACCAGUUCAGGGGGACGUGCAUGACGAGCUUGCCCGGCAUCCUCGAGGAGACCAAGGUCUGGGGCACUCGACCACCUGCAGGGCCCGAGGCGACCUCGGCCGCCGUCCAACCCGCCACGAUCAACGUCGUCAGCUUCAUGCGGCAGCUUGCCGAGAACCAGCCGACCGCCGAGGCGUUCCUCGGCACGCUCGGGGCGGGAAACUGGGGCGGGCCGAGCAAGGGUGGGCCCAAGGAGGGGGACGAGGGCGGUCUGCUGCCGCGAUACCUGAACGACGUCCUCUCGGUCCUCCUCACCGCCCUCGACGCCAAAGCGCGCCUGCUACGCGGUCGCACCGGCACGUCGUCCAUCUUCCUCCUCAACAACCUGUCGUACGUGCGGCACAGCGCCCUGUCGACGUCGAUCAUCGACACGCUCGGCGAGAGCGCCGAGGACGCGCUCAACAAGCGCAUGCGCACGCUCAAGGCGGUGUACCUCGACGUGUGGUCGCCGCUCGUCAGCGCGCUCCUCGACGCCGGGUUCGCCGAGCAGUCGGGCGCGGCGGGCGCGCUCAAGGCCGGGCUCGGCGCCGUCAAGGGCGGCGGCGGGACCGAGCGUCGCGAGACCAAGGACCGGUUCGUGCGCUUCCACGAGGCGCUCGAAGACGUCGAGGCGCUGCACCACCAGGCGAGGUUUGAGGAGGGCGAGGCCGAGUUGCGGGAGCGGCUCAAGGGCGAGGUCGAGCGCAUGGUCGUCCCGACGUACGCCAAGUUCGUCCAGCGGCACCGCAAGGACAAUUACUCGACCAAGUACCUCAAGCUCGACGCAGAUGGCCUCGAGGCCAAGAUCCGCGCCAUCUUCGACAGCCCGUCCUCGUAG